AUGAAGUCUGAAUCACUAGGAAAUUGCCCAAGGGUGCAAGCAAAAACUAGUCUAGUGCCAACAGAAUUGUCCACAGGAGGUAAAGAUAAGAAAAGUCAAGGUUUAUUGGAAGAGAGAGAAAUUAAGGAUCGUUUUGAUUACUUAGAUGAGGAACUAGAGCUGGUGAAAGCAGCUGCCACAGAGAAAAUGGUCAAGUGGCUAUAUGGGAAACAGAUUUGCUUGUUCUAUGCAUUUUGUGGGGUGAUGUUUGGGAUCUGCAGUCUCUCAACACUGACAUUACUGAGCAUGUUAUGCUGCCUCAAAAUUAGUUUUCCAGCUUAUGGGAACAGGUUCAAGAAGGAACAUGGUCAAAUCUUGAUAGCCUGUGCUUGGACUCAUGCAGCAGUUUUUGCAUGUUCUCCCCUGGCUCACUGCGGAGAAUAUGAAGUGGAGCCCUGUGGCACAGCCUGCUGCGUUGACUGGCAUUCCACCAACACAAAUGCCAAGGCCACUUCUUACACCAUAGUCCUCUUUGCUUUUUGUUUUGUUCCCCCUUGUGGAGUAAUUGUCACUUAUUCCCUUAUUCUGGUAACUGUGAAAGAAUCCAGGAAAGCAGUGGAACAGUACGUCUCAGGUCCUACCAGGACGAGCAAUGCACAAACCAUUACUGUCAAGGUGCUCCCACCGUUGCUGAUAGGCUCGGCCUUGUCCAGCAGUGGGUCUGAUUUGGAGGCGGCUGUCAUUGACCCCACGGGAAAAGGGGAAAGCUUCUACCAGCGUCUCACAGAAUCCACACCUGGAGCUCCCGUGGUGCUGAAACGUUGCCAUGCAAACAUAAUGCAUAGGCCUGCAGAUGCCUUAUUCGAGAACAGAUAUUCAUCUUAG